CUCUGUGUUCCUUUGGUCUUUCAUGCUUCGAGUUGUCAACUACCACACAGAUGCCCUUGCGUUUUCAGUCGCUUUUCUUACUCAUCAGAAGGGGUUGUUAACAACUCAGCUAUGGACUACGCAACGAUCUUCCAGUAUGUUUUCCUCCUCCUCGCUCGCUGCAGUCAGUUUGCUAUGCGUGAUAGCAAAGAUGCACAAUACUCCCGAGAGAAGGAGGAACGCCUGUUGGGAGCCGUCUUUGACCGGCAUCAUUGAGCUUAACAUUUUAGACGGAUAUCAUCUCUGUUCGAAGACACCAUUCGUUAUCACAACAUAUUCAAAGUGCGUAUCACAGUCUCCAUGUCUUGUGCCUUGAUCGUAUCGUGUACAAUUCUUUGCAGGUCUUUUGGGGUACCACCACUGCUAGAUUCUCCUGAUAGAUCUCUGCGAACAAUGCUAGGCUUCCUCCAGUCAGAUAGAGCUCGGACUAGACGCCUGGAGCCAUGCGCAGUGAACGAUCAAUUUCGAAAGGGUGAGGAUACAGAAGCGGCAGCCGUUGUGCCGAUCGUGGGUCUCACGGAGGCUUUGUUGAAACGUAGAUUCCAGAGCGUACCAGCGAACAACAAGAUGCACAACAUGCUGCAUGCAUACAGUAAGAAGCCCAUGGAGUAGGUUUGUUUCUGAGAAGUUUCCGUGGUUCAGCUUCAAUGAUGAUGUGUGGUGAUUUUCUGUCCGGAGGCAAGAUUGGCCUAGGCGCUGCCACACAAAGUCAGGGUGAGCCAAUCAAUGCUGCAACUUACCGAGGGGCUACGGAAAUGUGGGAAAUCCCUAGAUGAGGCAUACGACGAUCAAUCCGAUUCGUGUUGCUGGCAAAGUUUGGUUGAGGCGUGAGCAAAGGGUGGAUAAGUAUGUAUAAUAGAGCAGUCCUGUAUUUCGAGUCUGAUGGCGACAAACAUCACCAGAGCACAAUAAUGCUGGUCGCCAGAAAGGGGCUCACUCAAC